ACUCAUGUUCAUGGGUCUCUUUUUUCUUCGAAUUGAUUUUGUCAGUUCGUAAAAAUUUGUUUUUAGCUAUUUUUGGAGUCCUAGGCUGCUGAUUGUUUUGAAUUCUUUUUCUUUUUCCUUUCCUCUCCAUUGCAUUUGGAUCUGUCUUUUGCUAAAACACUUAUAGUGAAGCCAUAAAACCAGCCAUCUGGUUUAUUGUUCCAUAUUUCUAAAAAGGAAUCAGACUUCAUAUUUGUGUUGCAUAUGCAUAUGCAUUUUUCAUUUGUCUUAAUUUUUCACUUUUCUGUUUCUAUUUUUUUCCGCAAAAUCAGCACUUAUUAGAUGCUUACUUGUACUUCAUUAUUUAAUUGUCAAAGGGUUCUAUUUUAUUGCUCAUCAUUGAUAUGCUUGCUAGUAUUGUCUUAGAUACCAAAAAUUAAGUACAUUGAUAAUAUAAAUUUCAGUUCAGCAGAAUUUGUGUCCUGGUGUUAAAUAUAUCCUUCAUUUUCAGCUGCGUUGGACUUCUCUUAUAUACACAUUAGUCUAGUAGUUCUGCAGGUUCGUGAAAAUUUAUGACCCUUCAUGUGUAUCAUUUACAUGUGAUUAUAGCUCCGUGACUCAACCAUGCAUUAGAAGGUAUGGAGUUUACAGUUGUUUUCUUAUUAUAGGGUUGUUGGUAUUGGUUGAGAUAUGCUUAAAGUUAGCUUACUGACAAUUAUAAGAAAGUCUCAGCAGUUCUCCAAAUUUGUCUAUGGUCAAGUGAUGACAUUGUAACGGUCUCUCUUCAGGCCUAUAGUAAUAAUAUUUAUACUUGAAGGAAAAAUAGAGCUUUUAAUUGAUCUUAUAAAUAGAUUUUGUUGCAAUUUAAUUUAGUACUCUCUGAGAAUGUUCACAGCCGCCAUAACAUACGGUAUUUAGAAGAGGUCAGUUUACAAUAUCUCUAACUAGUUUCAAGAUAUACAUGAGCAAUGCAUACUCUUAUCCAUACUUUAACUGUUAACCAUAUUAAUCAAAUUAAACGACACUAUUUUUGAAGGUACAAUCUUGAAUGUGUGCUGGAUAUGACUACAUACAGGUGAUUUGAUGCCAAGUAAUGGAUAUUGAUUCAUAGUCAUUAGUCACUACGUUAUGACUUGGCAUUCCAAGAAUGGCGAUGAAUACCUUUGAACUUUUUGAAACGCUAGGUUCACAAAGAUAUCUCACAAAAGUAAAGCUCACAAAUUGAUGUGACUAGAUGUCAUACAUUAAAUUUACUUUAUAGUAAAAAAGGCUUCUACAAUUUUAAAUACUAGAAUAAGCUAUAUCAAUUUGUGAACUUUAUGUCUCUCAGAUCUUUUUGUGAACCAAGCAUUUAUCUAAAUUUUUUUAUCCAACAAACCCUUGUUACAUAACACAGACAGACAACAUUCAAUGAUUGGAGCCUUAUAAACCUCAUUUGUGACUGCUCUUCAAUGCUCAACACUUUUGUAUUUUGUUAUUUUUUUAGUUUUGUCCUCUUUUAAGUAGGUGAAUGGGCUUAUAUUUCUAACACUUUUUAGUUGCACUAAGCUUGAAUCUGUAACACUGCAUUGGAAAGUGAUAAUUAUUACUGUUUCUCAUUCCCAUGUAGAACUUGGUCUCUGUUGCAUAUGGUUCUGGUCAUUAAUCUUUGCUUGUGAUAUCCUUUUGUAAAUAUAUUGUUUCUGUUGACUAUCAAAUAUAAAUAUGUUGCUUUAACCCCCUCUGUGCAUUUAGGACAAGCUAUUUCUCUCUUUAUUUCAGCCUUUAAAGCAGGGUGGAAGUUUUAUCUGAGCAGCUGGCGCGGCAUUAUUUAUAUGUUGAGGAAUUUGUUAGGGGCGACAUCAAAGCAUGAUGUAUACCUGAUGCAGAACUAUUCAGUUGUGCAUUGGUCCUCAUUGCUGAGGAGGGGCAAAGAAGUGCUCAAUGUUGCUAAACCGAUUGUUCCCACCCUGAAACGCCCUGGAUUGUUGUCUCAGUCACUCUCAAGAGUUCAGAUAAGCACAAUGGCUGUUAAAGAGAAUUUACUGGUGGCUGGUGGGUUUCAGGGGGAGCUAGUUUGCAAGUACUUGAAUCAACCAGGAGUUGCAUUCUGCACAAAAGUGACAACAGAUGAGAAUGCUAUAACCAAUGCAGUGGAUGUUUUCCAAAACCCGAAUGGCUUGAUGAGGGUUAUGACUGCAAAUAAUGAUGCUCGAGUGAGGGUCUACGACGCAGAGAAUUUUGCUUUACUAAAUCUCUUCUCCUACGAUUGGUCUGUAAAUAACACCUCUGUUAGUCCGGAUGGAAAGUUGCUUGCAGUUCUUGGUGACAGUGCUGAAUGUUUAGUCGCUGAUGCUCAGUCUGGAAAAGUCAUUGGGAGCCUCAAAGGGCACCUGGACUAUUCUUUUACAUCUGCUUGGCACCCGGACGGACGAAUUUUGGCAACUGGGAACCAAGACACUACCUGCAGGCUGUGGGACAUAAGGAAUCUGUCCAAAUCCCUGGCUGUAAUAAAGGGAAGGAUUGGGGCAAUAAGAGCCGUAAAGUUCAGCUCAGAUGGGCGGUUUAUGGCUAUGGCUGAGCCAGCAGACUUUGUGCAUAUCCUAGACACGGAGUCUGGAUAUGUUCAGGGUCAAGAGAUUGAUCUAUUUGGGGAGAUUGCCGGAAUAUCAUUUAGCCCCGACAGUGAAGCACUUUUUGUCGGGGUUUCGGAUCGCACGUAUGGCAGCUUGUUAGAGUUCAACAGGAGGCAAAAUAACCAAUAUCUAGACUCCAUCUUCUAGUUUUUUUUUUUUUUUUUGUCAGGCCCCUGAAGCUAUAAGUGCGUUCGCGAUUCCCCUUGGCAUAUUGGGAUUUCUAAUGUUAUAGACCUCUAUUUGGGGUAGACGCAGCUUGUAGAAAUGUUGCUUUGCUGAUGUUUUAUUUUUGGGAGUGUGUGAAGGUGGUGGUGGUGGUCUUUUUGGCUCGUAGAAAAUGUAAGGUAAAUUGUCAUUGUAAAGCCUUUUUUUGAGGUUGCUGUGAAUAGUGAAAAUUGUAAUGCGUA